UCUGACAUGUUCCUCUUGAAUUAGCUUUGCUUCACAAUUUGCAUUUGCCUCCACAAGUGUGCUCAUCUGUGUAAAAGCUAAAAUUCUGAAACUGAAGUCAGGAUUAUGAUAUUACAAAUAUGAGAUUAAAAUCAGACUUUUUGUGUGUUUUCUGGCACUAAUGUUACUCCAUAAAGUAUGACUUUGAAUCUAGUAGCGUUAAUCUCAUAUUCAUGACUUUAAAUUAUGAAAUAUAUUGCCUUUUUCUGUAAAAUGACAAACCUUCCAUAUAGAUUUGCUUAUAUAACUAAAUAUUUUUGUUUGUUGUUAGUUUAUAUAAGACUACAGAGGUUUCAUUUCUUCCCUAAAUGUUUUUUAUUUGUCCUAGUUGCCGCAAAGACUAAAGUCAGCCAUUUUCGCGCCGUUGUGCUGAGAUGUAUCAUUAGAUAGCAACUUUAAUACUCAGCUGACUAUUUUUUUUUUUGCCGGUUUCAUAUUUUAUUUGACAUUUUUUAGCAAACAGGUCAGAUUAUUUUAAAUAUUAACAGUGUAUUCUGUUAAGUACGAUAGUCACUACGAGACUUAAUCAACACGUAAAGUGAACAAUUUUGAAUGUAAUGUAUAAAGGUCAUCAGGAAUGAUAAAGGUGAGAAAAACAACCAACAAUACUAGGAAGUACUCAUGGACACGCAAGUCUCAUCAUUUGAAGACUCCCCAGCGGCCUCGGCCCGUCAGAACCGUCAUGACCCGCAGCCAGUGCACCUCCGCCGCGGGCUUCUUCAACGGACUCCCCGCUGAGGUGUUCCACAUGAUCCUGGAUCAAAUGUCCGUGGUGGACAUCAGCGUGUUCAGCAUGGUUUCAAAGGAACUCACCAGUUGCAUUGUGAACUACAUCUCCUCCCAGGCCUGGAGGAAUAAAACCAUCAUCCAGAGCUUUCACAACCCCACAUUGUUAGAACAAAGAUCCACGCUGGAGCACUACAGACACCUGGGAUUGUUGUUCAAGAGGUGUACCCUGCUGCUACCCACAAAGGACAGGUUAAAGUUCAUAUUUAGCAAGUUUUCACAGAUACCCUGCUUCAUGUUGGAGCAGUGCCUUGCACCAGACUGCACUGGUUUCUCCCGAUACGGCGUCUUCCUCCAGACCCUGAUUGCAGGAUGGGAUGAGCUGGAGUGCCACAGAGUGUUUGGCUUUCUUUGUGAACAAACAAACCUCCUGCUUAAGACCGAAGCUUUGCUCACCACAAAACCAGGGCUGAAGCGAUACCAGGAGCUGCAGCUUCGUCUGUUCUGCCGUAAAGUUCUGCUGGACCCAUGCCAGAACCAGCCAGAUGGACAGUUCUGGUUGGUUCAGCUGCUGAAGCCGUGGCCGCUGGUCAGCCAAGCCCACCUACUGUUCAUCCUGUUUGGACCUUUGCUGCAUGAGGGUGUCCUGGGCUGGGAGGAUCUGGUGGACCGGGGUCUGCCGCACAGCGCGCUGUGGGAUCUGGCCAAGUGCAUCCUGAUGCUGUCCGGCACGCUGCAAGUCAAAGGCUGGAGCACCGACUCAGUGCUGUCGAUCCUGGAGGAGCUCAUUGUCAUCCCCCAGCCGUGGUACUUGGAGAACGUGGCCCGCCUGCUGGUGCUGUGUGGCAGCAGCCUCUGCUACACCUUCCUGGCCAGCAAGGCCCUGAAUGGACGACUGGACGAGAUCUCCAGGAUCAUCAUUCAUAUCAUCCUGGUGUGCGAGAAGGACGGCUACCACAUGAGCUGGGCGGUGAAGCUGGUUCAGCAGAUCUGCAAGGUGUUCAGCUCGGCGCCGGAGAGGUUCACCUUCAUCCAGCACCUGGAGAACAUGUUCUCUGAAGUCACGAGAGAGUUCUACGAGUCGUCCGUGGCAGGGAACAACUUUGAAGACAGAGAGACUUUCCAGACUUUCUGCAUCCUCCUGGACUCCAGCGCUCGCUUUCACACUAAACUGCUCCACAUGUUCCUUAAAUAAGGAUUUAUAGAAGGCAAAAUAUGGAAACAAAUGUCAAUAAUGAAGGGGUUGUCUAAAUAAAAGAACUGCACAAACAAAACCGAACCACUUCAAGCUGUUUAAAUGCUUUUGUUAAACAGUUUUGUUAUUUAUUCAGCUAUUAGUGUGUCGAACUUUUACAAUGCAGUUCAUAAGCUCUGUUGGAAGUGUUAUUAUAAGAGUAUUUAAUAUUUAUUUGUUAGCAUGAAAGGUUUUUUGCAGUGUAUUUAUUUAAUUUAUCCAUCUACCUGUAAUAAAUAUGAACAUGUUAUUUAAUAAAAUCGUAUUUUCUAAUA